GGUCCGAGACCAGGAGUAAGGGGAGGGAGAGGAGCGAGGACUGAUGCCACUGUGGAAGCCGAGGUCUCUAGACCCCUCUCACCUGUGGGGUGCACAGGUGCCUGCAACCAGGAUGGUAACCCAGACCAGGCAGAAGCAAGCUUAGAGAAAACUUUGGGUCCCUGGGCCUGGCCUCGCCCUCCCAGUUGGAGGCUAACGGUGCGGAGGUUCUCUCCAGCACUCGCUCCUUACAGCCCUCCCCGCCUAGCCCAGCCCAGCCCAGCCCAGCCGAAUUUGCUCUUGGGUCUUUAAGGGGCGGGAACUGCCACCAACGCGCAAGGCUGCGUCAUUAACUUGCGCCUCCGGCCUGCGCCUCCACGUGGAUUUGGUAGAGAAACCCCGGACUGGGAUCAUGGCAGCCGAGACUUGGAACGUGGCCGGAGCAGAGGCCCCGCCGCCCCAGAAGCGCUACUACCGGCAACGUGCUCACUCCAACCCCAUGGCGGACCACACGCUGCGCUACCCUGUGAAGCCAGAGGAGAUGGACUGGUCUGAGCUAUACCCAGAGUUCUUCGCUCCACUCACUCAAAAUCAGAGCCACGAUGACCCAAAGGAUAAGAAUGAAAAGAGAGCUCAGGCCCAAGUGGAGUUUGCAGACAUAGGCUGUGGCUAUGGUGGCCUGUUAGUGGAACUGUCACCGCUGUUCCCAGACACACUUAUUCUGGGCCUGGAAAUCCGGGUGAAGGUCUCAGACUAUGUACAAGACCGGAUUCGGGCCCUACGCGCAGCUCCUGCAGGUGGCUUCCAGAACAUCGCCUGUCUCCGUAGCAAUGCCAUGAAGCACCUUCCUAACUUCUUCUACAAGGGCCAGCUGACAAAGAUGUUCUUCCUCUUCCCCGACCCACAUUUCAAGCGGACAAAGCACAAGUGGCGAAUCAUCAGUCCCACCCUGCUAGCAGAAUAUGCCUACGUGCUAAGAGUUGGGGGGCUGGUGUAUACCAUAACUGAUGUGCUGGAGCUACACGACUGGAUGUGCACUCAUUUCGAAGAGCACCCACUGUUUGAGCGUGUGCCUCUGGAGGACCUGAGUGAAGACCCCAUUGUGGGACAUCUAGGCACCUCAACUGAGGAGGGGAAGAAAGUUCUACGUAAUGGAGGGAAGAAUUUCCCAGCCAUCUUCCGAAGAAUACAAGAUCCCAUCCUCCAGGCAGUGACCCCCCAAACCAGCCUGCCUGGUCACUGACUGCUUACUCUACCUUAGCUGGACCUCGUCUCCCAGGGACUAGAGAAAAGAGCAGGAGUCCUGGGCCUUCCCAGUUGAGACUGCUGGAGCUGAGACACAGUACUCUCUUAAAGAAGGUGGGGAGCUGCCCAGGGCAGAACCCACUGGUGUUCAUGACUACCCCUGGCUCCUCUCACCUUGUCCCUCCACUGCCAACAGAAAACAAAGCAGCUGACUGAGAUGGUCAAAGGACUUUGGACCAUAGGGGAUCUUUGGAAGGCUGUGGGGUCUUGUUCUCCCUUAGCACUCCCUUCUCCUUGUGAGAUCUCUCCUCAGCUGGAAUGAGGAAUGUAGUCCAUCUAAACUGCUUGCUAGGCUCAAUUACCACUUCUGUUUGCUUUGUGGAUCCUGCGAUAACAUGUAUAUGUGUACA